UCGGGGGGGCUGAUGAGCUCCAGCUGGCAGGGGGACGUCCGCGCCGGACACCUGUAUCCUAUUUUAGCAUCCGACAGGAGAUGAUGGACUUCCCGGGACGCAGGCUUGAGAGUGAAAUGGAAAAAAAAACCCAAACUCCCCCAAAAAAGCAGCUGCCGAACCCAUCCCGUGCCAGGGGUGAAGCUGACUGGUUGCAGGGACUGAGAGCUUCCAAAUCCAGGCAGGAGAACCCUCCCAGUGCUGCCUGCAGUGGGGGCAAAGGGGGCUCAGCACCAGGACAAGGACCACGGGGUGUUGCCAUCCUGCUGUCCCCCUGGGUGCAGUGAUGGUGGCUCCCCCCGAAUCUGUCCCCAGGGGCCACCGGGCGUACCUGAGCAGCGCACCCCACUAUGACUUCCCGCGCUACCGGCAGCUGGUGCACGAGAUCACGCUGGCCUUCAGCGGCAUCUCCCGGGAGGUGCUGUGCAUCGCCGGGCGCCUGCGGGACGAGCUCGCCCGCCCUGACCUGGCCCAGCACCGCGCCCGCCUCCAGGAGCGGGAGCAGGAGAAGCUGCAGCUGACAGCGCAGCUCCAGCUGGCCCGGCAGCAGGCGCAGGACCAGCCCGAUGUGGACGCCCAUCCGCAGGAGGUGCGGGAGCUCAAGCACAAGCUAAUUAAAACCAUUGAGGCAAUCAGUGAAAUUCUCCAGGACCUCAAGUACGAUUCGGAAGAAGUCGAGUGAUGGGUGUCCCCGUGGGAAUGGCUGGAGGGGCCGGCUGGUGGAAGGGGGGCCCCGCUUGCCCCCCCAGCACGCCACCUCAGCAAGGUGGGCACCAUCCCCCUGAACCCUUUUCUUGGACGUGGGCUGGAAGGGGUAGAGACCCACCCCUGGGAGCAAUGGGGUCCCCCCCAAAUCCUGACCAUCCCUCAGUGGAGGGGUCCGGCAUGGGGCUGGUUCCCUUCCCAAGCUCUGCCGGCCCUGCUGGGUCUUUGCCCAAGGAAAACCACAACCCCCAGUGCCAAGGGGCCGCCUUGCUUUGACCCCCAGUGGGACAGGCAUUGCCUUUGCUGCCGGCUGGAGCCCUGCGGGGAGCACCCCCCUCCCCAAAACCACCUCUUGGAGAUCAGCUGCAGCCCCAGCCCCAGCCCCACAGUGGCUCUGGUGCCCCACAAGUGCCCUUUCUACAAUUACCCCACAAUA